GGGGGGCGGGCUCUGCGCGCAGGGCUGGGGAGCGCUCACUCCCCGCCGGCCACGGGCUGCUGGAGCGUCCCGGUGGCACCUGAUCCUAGCAGCCCAGCCCACAGCACUGGAUGAGAAUUCGGCUCUUGCCUAGAGCGCACUGAUCAGGCCCGGCAGCAUGGACUUCGUGAUGAAGCAAGCGUUAGGGGGGGCCACCAAGGACAUGGGGAAGAUGCUGGGUGGAGAGGAAGAGAAGGAUCCCGACGCGCAGAAGAAGGAGGAGGAGCGGCAAGAAGCCCUUCGCCAGCAGGAGGAGGAGCGGAAGGCCAAGCACGCCAGGAUGGAGGCCGAGAGGGAGAAGGUCCGGCAACAGAUCCGGGAUAAGUACGGCCUGAAGAAGAAAGAGGAGAAGGAGGCGGAGGAGAAGGCGGCGAUGGAGCAGCCGUGCGAGGGCAGCCUGACGCGCCCCAAGAAAGCCAUCCCGGCGGGCUGCGGGGACGACGACGACGAGGAGGAGGAGAGUAUCCUGGACACGGUGCUCAAGUACCUGCCGGGGCCCCUCCAGGACAUGUUCAAGAAGUAACAGCCCCGCGCCGCCCACCCGGGCCCGUCCCCACACACCGGGGUGCACUGGGCUGGGGGGGGGGGGAUUUUCAUUUCUUUUAUUUCAUUUGAUUUUUGUUCCAACUGUUUCGAAGGGAAGAUCCCAGAUGUGUCCCCUGUGCCCAGAACCUCUCGCUGCUCCAGUGGGGCGAACGAGGCAACCAGACCAAAAACCACCCCCUGCCUGCUGAGCUCCGGGCAGCCGGAGCCCCGGGCUCCCCCUUCCUCCCUCAGCCGUUCGGAGUCAGAGCUGUGUUGUGCCAAAGUGCCGGCCGGCUGCUUGGCAAAUCUCCCCGGGCGUGGGGGGCGAACUGGGACCAAAUUCACUGCAGUAACCUCACGUCAGGCGGAGGGUGGGGCAGCCGGCAGGGAAAGGCAGGGCUCUGCCCGCUCCCAUGCCGCCUCCCUGCCCUUCACUAACUUCAGACAUUCCUCAGGCCCACGCUGCCUGCCUGCUUCCAGGGGUCAGGGACAUGCGGGCAGCAGGAGAGCACCCGCAGGCUGGGGGCUGUGCCCCCCGCCCCUCCGGCCCCGCCUGGAAGCAGCCCAGGGAGCAAAGCAACCCCGGCCUGCUCCAGCUCUCCAGCUGGCGGGCGCGGGUGUCCUGCUGGGCCAGAUCCCAGGGGCUGGCGCAGAGGGGACAUGGUGGGCUACAGGGCUGGCUCCCAGCGGCGCCGCCCCACGGCUCUGCCCCCCGCUGCACUGCCCAUUUCUGUCGCCUUUUGUUUGGGCUUCAGGAAGGGGCUGCUGGGGCCGGCCCCUCCGCUGGUGCUGGGCAGCCGCACGCUGCCCCUGGCCUGCCACAGCAAGCGCCGGGGACAGCCCUGCAGCAGGGGCUGCGGGACGCAGAGGGACGCGUGGACUCCCCAGCUAACCCUGCCCCGGGGCAGCGGGCAGCUUGGUGGGGCUAGGGGUGGCUGGAAGGAAAGACAAAGCCUUUUCGCCACUCUGCCUCUGCCCCAAACCCCUCCAUGGGCCCGGGCGCGACCCCAGCCGUGCCUGUCCCCUGCACAGCCCAGCUCGGCCCUGCGGGGGUCAAGCCGGGCACCCUUUGCCAUAUUCAAGACCCUGCCCAUUAGGGCAAACGGUCGGGGAGGAGAUUUCUAAAAAAGACAAGGGCCAGAGCUGGGCCCAAGGAACGGGGGCAUCCCACCUCCCCUCCCAGCCCUGCUGCACGGGGGGUGGGGGGAGGUCUGGGGCUGGGGACAAUCCUGGCGCGUUGCCAGAGGAGUUUAAUGUGGGGCCUGAGCCCAGAGGGCGGACCCAGCACUUAGCCCUCCCAGCGCCCCCUACUGAGCGAUUCCCAUUAUGGCAGGGCCUCCGGGGGUCCCGCUCAGCCCACUUCCCACCCUGGUGCUCGCCCACAUUCCUGCUAUGCCCAUCGCUGUGGUAUCUGGGCACCAAAGCUCUUCCCCAGCCACCCUCAGGCACCUGUGCCCGCUGGCAGACCUGAGCCCUGGCUGGAGGCACCCGUCCUUAUGCAGCCCUCGGCUGGUAUCUCUGGCUCAUGUCUCCCCCCCUCUGGGCCCCGAGCCGCCCCUGCAUGGCUGCAGGGCCCCCCCCCCCGCCAACACCCAGGGAAACCUGCCCUGGCUCGUCCCUCGACUGCAGCCCCAGCCUGCCCAGGGACACAGGCAGCCGCUCCAGCCCGCGCCAGGUGGCUGAGGGCUCCCUGCCCAGGAUCCCCCCAGUGCUGGCGCCCCUCAGGCCCUGUUGAGAAGAGGGUGGA